GCUUCGAACACUUGAAAGCUUUAAAUUUUCCUCCUUAAAGCUUUAUUAGUCGGUCAUCAAUGGCCAUCGAAUAUCUAUCCAUUUUAAUAGCCUUUCUAUCUCUUUUGUGUACCUUAAUCUAUUUUAAAACUAGGAUUAAGCAUUGCAAGUGUCAAAUAUGUCAAGCUUACAUUACCUCAAGUUGGUCGAAAGAAUUCGAUAAUCUUUGUGAUUGGUACACACAUCUUCUCAAAAACUCACCUACAAACACCAUACACAUACAUGUUCUUCGUAACACCAUAACAUCGAACCAUGAAAACGUAGAAUACAUGCUCAAAACCCGAUUCGAAAACUACCCAAAAGGGAAACCAUUUUCCUUAAUCUUAGGUGAUUUUUUGGGUCGAGGUAUCUUCAAUGUCGAUGGCGAUUUAUGGAGGUUUCAAAAAAAAAUGGCAUGUCUUGAACUUGGAAAGAUGUCAAUGAGAUCACAUGCUUUUAAAGUUGUGAAGCAUGAGAUUGAUCAUAGGCUUAUACCUCUUGUAUCCUCAUAUUUGCAAAAAGAGCAUGAUGUUUUGGAUUUGCAAGAUAUUUUUAGGAGGUUUUCGUUUGAUGUUAUAUGUAAGUUUUCAUUUGGGUACGAUCCAAAAUGUUUGGAUGUGUCACAACCCAUGUCGGAUUUGGCUAUUGCAUUUGAUUUGUCAUCGCAAUUGUCUGCUCAAAGAGCAAUGAAUCCGUCACCAAUGGUGUGGCAAAUCAAAAGGAUGUUGAAUAUUGGAAGUGAAAAGAGACUUAAAGAAUCUAUCAAGAUAGUGAAUAUGUUUGCACAAAAAGUUAUUAGACAAAGAAACAAAUUAGGAUCUUGUUCUAACCAUGAAGAUCUUCUUUCAAGAUUCAUGGAUACAACAAAAGAUGCUACUUACCUUCGUGACAUUGUUGUAAGUUUUUUGUUAGCUGGACGUGACACUGUCGCGUCCGGUCUAACAGGUUUAUUCUGGCUAUUGGCCCAACAUCCUGAAGUCGUGAACGCCAUUAGAGCUGAAGCUUCAGCUCUAGUGGUGACACAAGACAAAUCACUAACAAGUUUUGAACAAUUACGCGAACUCCAAUAUUUACAAGCAGCAGUUUACGAAGGAAUGAGAAUAUUCCCACCAAUCCAAUUUAACUCCAAAUUUUGCCAAGAAGAUGAUACUUUUCCUGACGGUACGUUCAUAAAGAAAGGCACACGAGUUAUGUACCACUCAUACGCAAUGGGCCGAAUGGAGACAAUUUGGGGCUCCGAUUUUUUAGAUUUUAAACCUGAAAGAUGGUUAAAAGAUAGUGUGUUCUUUCAAGAAUGCCCAUUUAAGUAUCCAAUAUUUCAAGCCGGGUAUAGAACGUGUUUGGGUAAAGAAAUGGCACUUGUGGAGAUAAAAAGUGUCAUACAUUCUCUUUUGCAACAUUUCGACAUCGAAUUAGCCAUGCCGGCUCGAACCCCUCGAUUUUCGCCUGGGCUGACCAUGACCUUCACGGGUGGGCUACCUGUUCGGUUUAGGGGAAGGACAAGUAAGACGUAGCCCAAACUACACCACACGUUAAUUAUCACAAGUGCAUCUAGUCCAUAUGGACCACAUUGUUGUUAUUAUCCAUACAAUGAUGGAAAUGGAAUAUAUAUUGUGACUGUCUUUACUAAAUUGGGUCCGAUUUAUGUGGUUCGAUUUUGUUCAAAGAUCGUGUCGGAUUAUAAUCUUUAUGUCGCAUUGUUUAUGGUGCAACGUUGAUGAUAUUUGGACGGUACGUGAAAAGUGGAUACAAAGAUAUAUUGUAUUCUGAAAAAAUAAGGUGAUAUAUAUGUGUGGUGGACCAGACGAGGAUUCCUUC